AUGUCCUUCGACCUUAUUGUCAAUUGGGUUAAAGCAAACAAUCUCCAUCACAACCCAAAGCUUAUUUGUAAGCUUCUGUUUCAAGCGGCAGUUUAUUACAUUUGGAGGGAACGUAAUUCCAGACUCCACUCUUCUUCACCAAAGACAUCCCAAUCCUUGGUAAAGGAGAUUCAACUUCUUAUGCGAGCUAAGUUGGCAGGACUAGACAGGGCUUUGAUCACAAAGAGAGCGCUGUCUCCAGGAACACCACCUGCUUCAACACAAACCCUCCUUUACUCUUGGUUCGAACUUCUCCAAACCUAA